CACUUCUUCCCCAUCUUGUAUCUCAUCAACAAUCUGUUGCAAAUCUACAGUCCAUCUCCAUCUCUUGACUUGGAUCAUUCCAACCAAUUGACAACCACUCAACUUUACCAUCCUCCAAGGAUCGACAUUCAGCUCUUCCAAGAUCAGCAUCACGCCAAAAUCUGCACGUGCUAUCUUUCAUCAUCACCAUCAAUCAAUCCAAUCCAACUUUUCCAACUUGUUCAUAAGUCUGGGGAAAGCCCACUAGUCGGAUCAAUAUCCACAUCAACCAUCACCACUUACACCAACACCAUCACAUCAACCAUCAUGGCUGCCACAAUUCAGCAACAACCCUCAGAACAGCCCCAUCAGACUGGGUUCCUCGAUCUCCCCGUCGAGAUCCGCCUAGAAAUCUAUGACCAGCUCCUCCUCACAACACCCUACACAAAGUGUGGUCGCCCCAGUCCUGAUUCCAAGGUGCACGCCUCUCUCCUCCGCACCAACCGCCAAAUCCACGAUGAGGCCACCGACCUCCUCUACGGCUCAAAUACCUUCCUCGCUCACCCGACACUCCUCACUUCAUUCCCCCGCCUGCGCAACUGGUACGGCCCCGUCAAGGAGUCCUCCAUCAUUCCCCGCAUCCGCCGCUUCCACACCCAGGUCCGCCUGGAUGUCGAUCUCCCUUAUGAGGCCGACGCCGUGACGGAAGCAUUCAGCGGGCUCGACGAGCUCUCCAUUGACGUCGUUCAGGCCAUGUUCCUCGGCGUCGGCUACCGCAACCUCCGCAAGUUUGAGGGCGUCCGCGGUGUCAAGAAGGUCCGCAUCACAGGCAGCACCACUGGCUUCGAGGACUACGUCCAGUGGCUCAAGAUGGCCAUGAUGAGCGAACCCGACGCCAAGAUCCCCGACUUUGUGCCUCAGCAACAAGCCGGCUGGGUCCAGCGGUUAGCCAACGUGCACUACUAAGUGUACUACUUUGAUUCAUUCGACUUUUUCGCUUCAUAUUAGAUGUUUUUUUUUUCUUUCUUUCUUUCUUUUUCUUUUGACACGGGGCGACCAAAAAGCAAUAACGAAUGAUGAAGACUGUUUAGAUUUUGUUAUUGGCCGGCGUUUUUGGGAAAAUGGGAAUUUGACACUUUUCACAAGAGAUUCCCACAGCGUUCAUCGAACGGGCGCAAAUACAGGAUGGAAAGACAAUCUACAAGAUUAGUAUAGUGAUAGAUUAUAAUCAAAUCAAACAUUUCAAGC